UACUAGAUAACAUAAAUUUGAAAAUCCAUAAUAAUUUACUUCCAUUUUUGUAUAUAAAUUAAAAUCGUAACCUAAGAUGCAGGUUAUUAGUUUGAAGUAGGUAUACGGGAGUAAUACCUAUUAUGAGCGCUUUGUUUUUUGUGUUACUUUUGGUGGUUGCCUCAACCUCCGGUUAUGACUUGAGGAACAAUACCGCUCCUUAUAACCCCGAGGUAUAUAUUACUAAUGGACUGACUGCCGAGGAUGAUCAAUUUAAUUUUCAAGUGGGGCUAAGUAUACGGAUGAGCCUUUUGACAUUUCAAUGGUGUGGAGGAUCUUUGAUUUCACCCAAAUGGAUUUUAACCGCUGCUCACUGUACUGAUGGAGCUAAAUCGAUAACUGCUUAUUUGGGAAGCAUCAAAAAACGAUCGGGAAAAAAAGUUAAGGUUUUAAAAACAAUCAUUCACAAGGGAUGGAAUAGAACGGAAGCUGUCAAUGACAUAUCAAUUCUACGCAUUUUCCGAGUCAAGUUAGGAUCUAGCAUUAAUGUUGUCGACUUGCCUGCGCUAUCGAGUUCAAGUAUCUAUCCGGAAUAUUUAAACGAGAAUGUCAUUGCUUCCGGAUGGGGUUACAUAAAUGACGAAAGAGAGACUAGUAAAGAUCUACAAUACGCCCUAUUAAAAAUAACAUCAAAUUCAGAGUGUUCGGAACUUUACAGAGAUUAUACGAGCAGAGAUGUCAAUUCGAACAUUAUUUGCGCCAAAGGACCAAUAGGAACUUCAACAUGCUCAGGAGAUUCUGGCGGUCCACUUAUUACAGAAACUGAUAAAAUACUUGUUGGAAUUACGUCGUUUGGUGCUAAGAAAUGUACUCUUGGAUCUCCAACAGCUUUUACUCGAAUAACUAGCUACAGAUCGUGGAUUUUAGACAAAACUGGAAUUUAGAACUGAUUUUUUUAGCUAUACGCUUACAUUCAUGUAAAC